CGCUCGCUCUUUCUUGCCUUGUCUCGGCUCGCGGCGAUGGCGAGCGACGACUCUCCCCCGCCUCCCCCGCAGUCGUUUCUGUCCCGACCCGUCACCACCGACGAGCUCAACUUCCUCGUCUCCCGCUACCUCGAAGAGUCUGGUUAUACAAAUGCAGCAUUUGCUUUCGACUACGAGUCUGGGAUGAAGAACUUUAACUUUGAGGACAAUUUGAUCCCACCUGGUGCUCUUUUGACUGCUGUACAAAAUGGCAUUCAGUGCACAGAGUCUAUGGUGGAAGUCACAGAAGCUAGAAGGAUCUGGGAAGACCAGAAGAAUAUGUUCAUGAACCAGUUAGAGUCCAUUGAGCAGAAAUGUGAGUUACUUCAAGCUCAAGUCGCUGAGGUCUUGGCAAUAUGUGGUCGGACACAAAGGUCCCCUGAGGAAUGCCCAUCUGAUGAUGCAGAGCCACAACGAACCAGACAGGGUCCUGGGGCUCCUAAUGAUCCUGAAGUUUUACAACAGCAGGUAGUACUGCCGUCUUCUAGUCCUGCCGUUGCACCUGGACAGGGACGCAGAAAGAGGGGGAAGACAACCCACAUUGGACCUUCUGGCAUUGUCAGUUACAAAAAGAGGUGCUUCUGUGAGUGUAUUUAAGACUUGUCAGCAUGUUUUACAGCUUUUAGUGUUUCUGUGGACUGAAACAUUUGUAAAAUACAUCUCUGGUGUUUGAUUAAAAUGUGCGUUGCUUAUAUGUGGACAAAUAAUUAAUAUUUGAUGUUUGAAACUUUGCUGUAUGUUGUUCAAUUCCAACCAAGUGCUAUCUCAUAAUGUUGGGAAGUUCUUUAUUUCUA